CAAUACCUAAACGCUGACGACUUCUCUUGGAUCUAACAGUCGUGAAGACCUUUAGGCUACUAUAAACACUUUCUUACCUACUACUAUUAAGGUAGAGACAACCGACUGUUCAAGAUGGGCAAAGAAUUGGGUCCUGGUGUGGGCUUCGAGUUUCCUUCCUUCCCGGUUUCAUGGCUGAAGCGUGAUCUGCUGCUCUUUGCCGCGAGCAUUGGAGCUACGUACCCGGAUGAGCUGCACUUCCUCUACGAACUCCACCCCAACUUCGCUGCUUUCCCGACCUACCCUAUCAUCCUCCCCUUCAAACACAGCGAUCAAGAAGUUAUCGACUUCUACGCACGCAGCAACUCUGAACCCAUCGAAGGUGUCCCGAAGUUCGACACUAAGCAUGUCCUCGACGGCGAGCGCAAGCUCGAGUUCCUCAAACCGCUGCCCGUGACGAGCGAGGGCCGCAAGUUCGAGAUCAGAAGCAAGGUGCUCGGUGUAUACGACAAGGGCAAACCGGGAACGGUGGUGGAGACGGAGCAGCGUCUUGUGGACGCCGAGAGUGGAGAGACGUAUAGCAGGGCGGUUGGCAGCGGGUUCUAUGUUGGGCAGGGCGGUUGGGGAGGACCAAAGGGACCCAAGGUACCAAACUACCCUCCCCCAGCCGAUCGCGCACCCGAUGCGACGCGAGUCUUCCAGACUACCCUCGAAACCCCGCACCUCUACCGCCUAAACGGCGACUACAAUCCCCUGCAUGCGGACCCUGAGCCGGGUAAGAAGAUGGGGUUCGGCGGCCCUAUCAUCCACGGACUCUUCUCCUGGAACAUGAGCGCGCACGCCAUCUUGCAGGCGUUUGGCAACAGCAAGCCAGAGAAUCUGAAGGAGUUCCAGGCCCGUUUUGCGGCGCCGGUGAAGCCUGCGGAUAAGCUGAUUACAGAGAUGUGGAGGACGGGAGAUGUAAACAAGGACGGGUUCGAGGAAAUCAGGUUCACUGUGCGUGUCGAGGGUGGUAAGACUGUUUUGACAAACGGAAGGGCACUUGUUAAGCCUGAGGGCCAGGUCAAGGCGAAGUUGUAGACGAUGGGUAGUUAUGUGUUGGAUGUUGAAUGUAGAGCUAUACAAAGCUAAAUAGCUAAAUGUGAAUUAGUUGCGUUAGAUCCUCCGCUCUAGAUGCCGAG